AUCAACCGGACCACGAUGUCCUUGUCAAGGGGAACAAUAGGUGGCGGACUGAAUCAGGCCAAAGGACCAGAGCCAGAGAGGGAGGAUGUAGCUGGGAUACCAAGGUCAACCACUCAGCCCUUUCCAAAUGGGGAGGCAAAUGCAGUGAUGUCAGGUGUUUGCUCCUUGUAUGAAGAAGAGGCAGACAGGGAAGUGGCCCAGCUUAUGGGUGUGGGCGGUAUGCGUACUAUCACCCAACCAGAAGUGCACUGGGCUGGGAGCCCACGAAUGAGUGGAGACCCUCAGGACUGGUUGCGUGCUGAGAACCUGUUACCCCACCAGACAGUGGAGAAGCUAAACAAAUGGACAGUCUAUGACAAUGGGGGCCAGGCCAGGACUGUGCCUGCCCACAAUGGCAGAGGCCCCUGGGAAUCAGAGGACCCCACCCAGGAGAUGUUGGAGAGUCGACUAGUCAGCACACAGGUGGUGAUGCCAGGCAGCAAAAUAGCCAUAGAGGUGGAUGAGGUGGAAGAUCUGUCCCAGCUGGAAGAGGUGUGUGAGAGCUCCGUGCUUCUGAAUCUGAAGAAGAGAUUCCACCGGGACUGUAUUUAUACUUACAUUGGAAACAUGCUACUGUCCAUGAACCCCUUCAAGCCCCUUAACAUCUACACAGACGAGCUGAGGCAGAAAUACCAGGGCAGAGAGCAGCAGAGAAACCCACCCCAUGUUUAUGCCAUAGCUGACGCCGCCUUCAACCAGUCUCAGGCCUCCACACAGGAGCAGUGCAUCAUCAUAAGUGGCCAGAGUGGUUCAGGGAAGACUGAAGCCACCAAGCUGAUAGUUCACUACCUCAGCUCCAUGUAUCAGGGCAGAAACAACAAUCUGCGACAGCCCAUGGAGGUCUUCCCCAUCCUGGAGAGUUUUGGGAAUGCCAAGACCAUCCUCAACAACAACUCCAGCCGCUUUGGCAAGUACCUCCACAUCCACAUUCUCCAUGGGGUUGUUGUAGGGACCUCAUUGUCCAGAUAUCUCCUUGAGAAGUCCAGGGUUGUAUUUCAGGCCAACGAGGAGAGGAACUACCAUGUGUUUUAUGAGCUGCUGGCAGGUAUGAACGACUGGGACAAACAGGAGCUCUACCUGCAGGGAGCUGAGACCUAUUACUACCUGAACCAAGGUGGCGCCUGUGAGCUGAGUGGGAAACAGGACAAACAGGACUUCCAGCUUUUGGUUCAGUGCUUUGAGACCAUCGGCCUCCAUGCUGACCAGGUCUCCACUGUCUGGGCCAUCCUGUCCUCCAUUCUGCAGCUCGGCAACAUCUGCUUCAGCUCAUACGAGAGUGAGUCCUUUGAGGUGUCCCGUAUCUUCAGCGAGGCUGAGGCCAGGAGGGUUGGCUCCUUGUUGCAGAUUUCCUCCGAGGCCCUGCAGACCGUCAUCACUCACAGAGUCACAGAGACGACUUACGACAGGAUCUACUGCCCUCUGUCUGUGGAAAGUGCCAUAGAAUCUAGAGAUGCCAUUGCCAAAGCCUUGUAUUCAGUGUUGUUUGACUGGUUGUUGGAGCAGAUCAAUGAUUGGCUGAGUCCCACAGAGAUGGACAGCACAGUGGGGAUCGUGGACAUCUAUGGGUUUGAGGAUCUGGGAGUGAACAGCUUUGAGCAGCUGUGUAUCAACUUUGCCAAUGAGCAGCUGCAGCAUUUUAUCAACAUGGCAGUGAUCUCUCAGGAGCAGGAGGAGUACAAUGCAGAACAGAUCCAGUGGUACUCGAUGCCGCUCAAGAACUUUCACUCCUGUCUGGAGCUGAUCUCCGCUAGGCCACACGGCAUCCUCCGCAUACUGGACGACCAGACUUGCCUCCCCCAGGCCACUGACCACACCUUCCUCCAGAAGUGCCACUAUCACCAUGGGAACAGCCCCUACUAUGCCAAGCCCAAGAACCCGCUUCCAGUCUUCACUAUUUAUCACUAUGCUGGAGCUGUCACCUACCAGGUCCAUAAUUUCCUGAACAAGAACCACGACCAGUUCAGGACAGAAGUGGUGGAGCUUUUUGCCAGGAGUCGGUUAAAGAUGGUGUCCGAGCUGUUCCGGAAAGUUCAGGACGGUUACAUCCAGCAGAGAGAGCUGGGCUGGAGAGGGAAGGGCCUCCGCCAGCAGCCCUCCACCGCCGCCUCACACUUCCUCCAGUCCCUGACUGAACUCACCACCCGCCUGGAGAGAUGCAAAACCAUGUUUAUCCAUUGUCUGAAGCCAAAUUAUGUCAAGCUUCCCGGGAUCUUUGAUGUGGACUACGUGUCAGCCCAGCUGAGGCAUGCAGGGAUGCUGGAGACCAUCCACAUCAGGAAGGAGGGUUUUCCCAUACGGAUUCAGUACUCCUACUUCAUCGAAAGGUACGGGGUUCUGCUGACCCAGAGGGUGAGUGAGGUGUCAGACAGAGAGCAGACAGUGGCUCUGCUGGACAUGAUCGGUGCAGAGAAGGAACACUACCAGCUGGGCCUCACCAAGGUCUUCCUCAAGGAGCUCCUGUACCAGCAGCUGGAGGAGAAGUGGAGCACCACUCAGACCUGGGCUGCCAUCACCAUCCAGAGGAACAUCAGGGGCUUCCUCUGCAGGAGGAACUUCAGGUUCUUCAAACAGAAAGCCAUCAUCAUCCAGAGCCACAUCCGAGGACACCAGGCCAGGAAGUACUACAAGCGUCUGAAGCAGUCCUUUACCCAGUUCUGGGCCGUGAUGCUGGUAACCAGAGACACUAUCAAGAGACGCCAUUGGAGGAAGGAAUUUCACGAGAAGAACAAAGUUAAAACAGUGACGAAGACCAAGUCUGUCUCUCCAGGAAUGGAUGUGGGUAUGUUGGAGAUCCCUGCUGAGCUGUCAGCCAGACUCCGCAGCGCAGCAGGGCGGCAGCAUUCAUCAGGGGUCACGGAGGCUGCACCUCCGCAGGUGAAGGCCGAGCACAGACUCACCCUCCCUCUGGAUAUAGACAGAUACCCGUUCUCUCGCUAUGCCAAGUCCAUGUUAAAGGACACAUGGUGCCAGCCUCAGGGAUACCCCCUCCAGAAUCCCCUCACCUCUCUGGAGCCUGAAGAUGCCAGAACUGCCUUGGAAAUUUACAAACUGAUCUUGCGGUUUACAGGGGAGUCAGACCUCAGCAGCUGGCAGGAGCAGAUGUUGGGUAACUACAUAGUGGAGAAGGGCCAGAGCCGGCCAGCCUUGAGGGACGAGAUCCUGGCCCAGCUGGUCUACCACAUAUGGGGCCUGCAGGAGGAGCAGAGCCUGAGGGGCUGGCUGCUGCUGGCUUGCUGCCUCAGUGCCUUCACCCCCUCACCAACACUGGACAAACCCCUGCUCAAGUAUGUGUCUGACCACGGUCCAGGGGAGUACCGCUCACUGUGCCAACACAAACUGCUGACAUCUCUGCAGCUCCCAGCCCCCGCCGCCCGCAUCUACCCUCCCACCCAGCUGGAGUGGACGUCCAGCCAGAGGAAGGGCACCAUGCUGCUGGACGUACACACCUACAAUGAUGAGAGGCUAACGACUGAAGUGGAGUCAUGGACCACUGGAGAGCAGCUGGCCUCGUGGCUUCUCCAUUCCAGAGGUGUGUCAGAGGCGGUGCAGGGCUGGUCGGUGUCUCUGCUGACUGACGAAGGCUGGUCAGAUCUUGCUGGCUCGGACUUUGUCAUGGACCUGCUGGCCGGAGCAGAGGCUGAAGUGCUGCCUCCACCAGGAACGCCCACCUCUACAAACUCUGACUACCUGUUCAGCAGCCAUGGAGACAGGAUGCCAGCUGCAGAUAUGGACGACCUCAUCCCACCAGCACCUCCAGUCCAAGCUCCUGGGCUGCCUCCCUUUGAGGCAGGCCCCUGGGGAAUAGAUUAUCCACAGGAAGGGCGCGGUCGACAGAUGGAUGCCUACGUCGAUGUCCUGUUUGAGCCUGUGCUCGACCAAGGACCUCCGGACAUGGAAAGAGUAGCCAUGCUAAACCGCAGGAUGAGAGGAGGAGGAGGGAUUGGACCCAUGCAGCCUGGCAUGUAUGGAGCUGGUAUGCCUGUGACAAUGCCAACCUAUCCUAUGGGGAUGCCAGUUAACCCUUCGAUGCCCAGCUAUGGUGCAGCUCCCAUGAUGCCAACCAUGCCAGCCAUGCCAACCAUGCCAGCCAUGAUGAUGACUCAGGCUCCCAUGCCUGCUGCUCCUGUCGCCGACCCCAUGCAGACCCUCAUCAACCAGCAGGCGAUUCUCAUGGCCCAGCAGAUGACCAUGCAGGCCAUGACUCUGUCCCAGCAGCAGACGCAGGAGCAGCAGCGGAAGAAGGAAGAGCAGAAACAGAAGGAGCAGGAGAGGAAACGGGAGGAGGAGAAGCAGCAGCGGAGGCGUCAGUCCGAUCGGAGGUCCAGGCCGCGCUCUCGCUCGUCCUCCCCUCGAUCUGCCUCACCCCAACCUGCCCGGUCCAAAGCACCCGCAACUAAAUCCACCUACAGGCAGCCUGCACCAGAGCCAGAGAGAGAAGUGGAUUCAUCAGAUCCAGAUGACCUGCAGUCUUUCAGAGACAAGAGGGACUACUUCCAAAAGAUCGGAUAUCAGCCCCAUGUUAAAUCCAAAACCCGUAAGGCUCGGCCAGCCCCCUCCAGCCCAUCCAGAGAGCAGCAACGCUCCCCGCCAUCAAGUCGUCCACCACCCCCGCCCGUAGCACCUAAGCCUGAUGGGAGGGUUGCAGACCCUCUGCAAGAAACAUCUACCUCAGCUCCGCUCGAUAAGCCACGGCCCGAACCCACCUCCAACAUCCGAGAAAUCAUCAAACAGUACAACAGCCGACCCCCAGCAGAGCCCCAGGUCUUUGAACCCGUCCGAGCUCCUGCAAGGCACUUUGUGAAGAAGGGUGACCCCAAAGAGGAAGCUCUGGCCAAGCUCAAGAACAAAGCACCAGUGCAGCAGAAGCCUCCGCCUUCGCCUCCUUCCACCAGGGGAUCACGUGUCAUCUCCAACAACAUGAGGCAGAAGCAGCGCUCCCUGGAGGACCUGUUCGGCUCCCAGCGCUCCCAGAACCCUCCACCUGUUCCCCCGGACUCCCCGCCACCUCCUCAACACCCAGAAUCCAUCCCGCAGGACAUCCCCGACCCACCACCCAUGGCUGCCCCGUCUCUCAACAUGAUGCCAGAGGAGGACGGCGUUCGGUCCCAGCUCCAUCGCUUUUCUGCUGGUGUCUACUUCUCUUACUCCAACAUACCGGGAAAACUGUUCAUUCGAAAAGAAGUGUUUUACCCCAGAGAGAUGUUCAACCAGCCUUACAUCCUCAAUCUGUUAUGUGAACAGAUCAUGAGGGACACAUACUCCGACAGCUGUGUGAGGAUCAGCAGGGAGGAGAGGAGGAAGAUGAAGGAUCUGCUGGCAAAUUUCAGAGUAGGAACGACUAUAAGCACCAUCCAGGAUGACAACAUGAAGAAGAGGAUCGUCAUCGCUGCCCGAGACAACUGGGAAAACUACUUCAGUCGACUGUUCCCCGUGAAGUCGGACAGUGGGGACGCUCAGGUUCUGGGUGUGUCCCAUCGUGCGAUUCAUCUCUUGAAGAUGGUCAGAGCAUCAGGCAUCAACCCCAAACAUCUCCGUCUGCUCAGAAGCUACAGUUUUGCAGAGCUGAUGUCAGUCGACCUCCGGGCUGCAGACACAGUGGAGCUGGAGCUGAAGAGUGAAAACCUGGUGCUGCAGUCCACCAGAGCUCCUCAGAUCACUGCCAUGAUCCGGUUAUUCCUUCAGGAGCUCAUCAGGGACUCAGGUCAUGUCAUCGCCCUGAAGAGUUUUGUGACCGAUGACAAGAGUCUGCUCAGUUUCAGCAAGGGUGACAUCAUCAAGCUGCUGCCAAUGGAAGGACUCCAGGCAGGCUGGUGUUUUGGCAGCGUGGGAGGACGCUCUGGGCUUUUCCCCGAGGACAUCACUCAGCCCUCUGCGGCCCCGGACUACCACUGUAUCCACCUUGACCGAAGAGAUGAGAGGAGGAAAAGCACGAGGGGCCCCAGACCUGUCGGCCCUCACAAGGGUCUGCCUUCAGAUCCCAUCAGCAGACGCAUGGGCAGUGCUGAUUCAGAGUGGCCCAGCAGAGAGGCAUUGCUCGAGGGCUCAACCCAGAGAUCAGCCCAGAGCUCAGUUCAGGGCUCAGUCCUCGACUUGGAGGUCCUCUCAGCCAUGGCUAAGUUCGCCAUGAAGUACUUUAGAACGGGGACUGCAAGUCUGCCAGCCAGUGGGAGGAAUUUUUCAGCGGUGGUUCAGCACACACAGACACCCAUACAGGAGUCCCUCAUUCUCUACAAUGAUCCUGAAAUCAACGAUCUAUCAGUCCAGUGCUUCGCGAACUUGAUGCAGUUCAUGGGCGACAUGUCAAUGAAGAAGAAUAACACCCAGUCACACUGCAUGAGCCAAAUCUUACUGCUGGGGAAGGAAAAAGAGCUGCUGAGAGAUGAGAUCUACUGCCAGGUCAUCAAGCAAAGCACCAACAACCCAAGCAAAACCAGCUGUACCCUCGGCUGGCGACUGCUCAGCAUGAUGACCGGGUUCUUCACCUGCUCUACUACUCUGCAGCCGUACAUCACACAGCAUCUACACAGCAUCUCUCAGGACGACGAUCACCCAUACCAAGAGCUGGCAGGUGUGUGUCAGGAUAACCUUCAGCGGUCGCUCAGUUUUGGCAGUCGCCGUACCAUCCCCUCACAGGUCGAGAUGGAAGCCAUUCUGGCCGGCAAAACGUCUCGACGUGUUCCCAUCCAGCUGCCUGGAGGGGUCGAUUUCCCCAUCAAGAUACACAGCUUCAGUAUGGCAGCAAAUGUGAUAACAGACUUCUGUAAAGAAAUGAGGAUCUCAGAUCUCACAGAAAUGAAAGAGUUCACCAUCUUCGCCCACAGAAUUAAAGACGGGAUGGUGCGUCCCCUCCAUUCUAAGGAGUAUCUGUUUGACUUCCUGUUGGAUGACAACUCCAUCUUCUUUUCUCUGAGGAGAGUGAUGUGGAGAAGCCCUCUGUCCUUCAACAGCAACCUCUACGUGGAGUUCCACUACCAGCAGCUUCUGGGUAACUACCUGAGCGGGCAGCUGAUCCUACCUCCUGCUGCAGGUGGUUCUUCAUCAGUCCAGCACAUAGCACAGCUGUCAGCUCUGCAGCAUCUGGCUCAGGGACUACAGCACCAGCCCUCACUGACUGAGAUGAAGGAGUACCUGCCCUCACAGGAGAAGCUGAGCAGUAAAGCUGAGGAGAUCCAUACAUUCUGUCUGGGUCAGAUAGCUUCCAUGCAGUCCCUCAGCCCCCAAGAGGCCAAAAUACGAUUCAUUGAGUUUGUGAGCACCCUGCCUCUGUUUGGUUCCAAUACUUUCUUGGUCAAGAAGGUCAGCCAGCGCGGCUGUCCGUCCCCCUGCAUGGUCAGCAUCAGCCCUGAUGGGGUGCAGUUUCUCGACCCUAAAACACAGGAGAAAGCGUUUGUGAUUCCUCUGGCAGAUGUGCAGUCCAUGCGCACCAUCCGUGCCAAGAAACAAGGCAAAAUGCCGGCAGUCAGCAUCGAUUAUGGCAAUCCAGCUCGUCCACAAAAAGUCAUCAUUCAUCUCAAACAGGUCAAGGAGCUGUGCCACAUCCUUGCUCUGAUAAUUGAAGAGUUGAUCCGGCCACCAGUUAAAAGCUCCAUUUCAAAUAAUCAGUAGACACACACAUGCAUAUUCCCUUGUCCCAUACCCUCACCCUCACCCUAACCCUAGCCUAAACCUGAUUCUAACCCUCAAACAGCUGUUUAAACUUGUGGGCUCCAGCAUUUUGGUCCCCGCAAAACUGUCAGACCUCAGUAGUAUAGUGGGCUCCUGGUUUUCAGAUCCCACAGAUAUAGUAAAACAAGCCCACAUCACAUUCACACAGUGUGAGAGUUUUUGUGAAGCCCUGUCUUCUGCACCUGACUUUUUUUCUGUAAAUUUCUCUUUUUUUGUUUCAGUGUAACUCCAUGAACACUGUGUCAUUGAUGAAAUGGACCGAAUAGAAACACGAUCAUGCGCACAUGAUGCUGAUAUUUUCUUCAGUGUUAUGUUAUCUGAGAGGAAAUGAUGCAGAGCUUUAAAUACUCUGAUUGAGCAUGAGUGAAUUCAGCAGGGAUUGUGGUAAUUCAGUGCCUUAAAUUUGUUUUGUGCUUCAGAAUCCCAUAAUACCACUGUAGAAA